AUGUCGGUGGGAGACGUGCUCGUUACCGACGGCUGCGAAUACAAGACGAUACGAAAGCUGGCGUUGGGAAUGGAGUCCAGUGUGUGGCUCGUGGAAAGGAUUAGUUCGAGAUAUGGCCUUGAGGUCAAUUCCCUACUUGUGGCCAAAAUCCUAACGGGAGAGGCCUCUGUGAGGGCGGAAGCUGGGGAGACCGCCGAGCUUGCCCUGCAUAUGGCACUGAGGAAGCUCCAUAUGGCACUUGAUGAGAAGGCUGGACGUAUGUCGUUCCGCCAUACCAUUGGCCUCUGCGACAAUGGUGAGCGAGGCGGUUUCCACUUUUUCGUCUUCCUACCCCAUGCUGCGACCCUCUACGACAUAUGUCGUGGAUUCAAGAACUGUGACCUUCAUCGCGACCUCUUGCUAGUGAAGCGCGUUAUCAAGCAGUCAAUACGUGGACUGAUCGACAUCCACCAGCUCGGUUUCAUACAUACCGGUCAGCGCGCCUUGUUUGUUCGCCACGUUUUCGAUGGGCUGCCAGUUGACCUCGUACGACUAGAUAUCAAAGCCGAUAACCUCAGUGUACCGCUAUAUGCCGAUAGUAAGGAGGGCUUGCGUGCAUUCUUGGAACACCGCACGCCUCCGCUUACAAAGGAAUGUGAGGUACCCAAUAUCCGUGUGCAACUGGGUGACUUUAGCAGCGUCAUCAAGGCGCCCAGAGAUACCACUGGCGUCAAGGCCAUGCCUAGGCCGGUGCGCGCCCCUGAGAUCAUACUGGGUCGUCUAUGGGGCCAGGCCAUCGACGUCUGGGCGCUCGGAUGUUUGGCGAUGGAAUUGCUUCUUCCGAGCCUCCUUUUCUUCCCUAAGCAUGGUUACGACGAGAGUGAAUAUGGCGACUAUUCACAUCUCGCGCAGAUGAUCGAACUGCUGGGCCCUUUCUCUGUCUCAAGCAUAGCGAAGUGCCCGGAGAACGUGCGAAGCCGGUUUUUCCGUCCGGAUGGAUCGCUGAAGCCCGCGGACCAAUUCUUGGCUGAGAGUUUUGCGAGGUGCCCGGAGGAAUUGCGCAGCGAAAUCUUUCACUCGAACGGAUCACUGAGGCACCCGGACGUGAUGAAGCUCCCGCGUCCCGGGACUCUCCAGCAGCUGCUGAGAAACGCCAGACUGCGUGGCGCUGAAUUGGACGAGGUGCACGCGUUCGUGGGCCGAAUGUUGACGUUGGACCCGGACUACAGGCCCACGGCAGCGCAGCUUCUGGAAUUCCCGCUCGUGGCCAAGUUCAAUAUGCAAACCAAUGGUACCAUAGACGCGUAA